UGUUGUGUCAGUUGUCACAAAGGGCGUCUAGAGGAAAACCCGGGCACUGGGCUAUUAAAUGUGAAGGAAGAAGAUGAGACAGAUGACAUGAAUAGUCAUCAGACUGAAAUACAUUGGUCCCUCCCUGCUGAUGAAUAUAACGCUGAUAUAGUGAAAGUUGAGAUAACAGAAGAUCUGAGUGUGAGGCAUCAGCUGGGAGCCCCGGUUGAGGAAACCAGUGACCGUAUCAGCCCAGGUCGUAUGGAUGUGACGCCUACAGAUGGCUUAGUAGUUGAGCACGGAGGAGAACCGUAUGUGUGUGAUCACAUGAAGACUGAGGAGGAUGAACUUCCUAUAAAACCAGCUACAGGUGAUGUUAAGGCUGAAGUCACACUUAAUGCUGAACAGACUAAUGACCUGGAAGCUCUGAAGCAGGAAAUCAGUGACAAUAUCAGUACAGGUGAUGUUAAGACUGAAGUCACACUUAAUGCUGAACAAACAAAUGAUCUGUAUGUAAAGAGUCAGCAGGAAGCUGUGAAGCAGGAAAUCAGUGACAAUAUCAGUACAGGUGAUGUUAAGACUGAAGUUACACUUAAUGCUGAACAAGCAAAUGAUCUGUAUGUAAAGAGUCAGCAGGAAGCUGUGAAGCAGGAAAUCAGUGACAAUAUCAGUACAGAUGCAGAUGACACUGAUAUAGUGAAAGUUGAAAUAACAGAAGAUCUAUGGUUGAAGCAUCAACUGGGAGCAUCAGAUGAGGAAUCCAGUGACAGUAUCAGCUCAGACACAGAUAACGGUGAUACAGAGAAAGUUGUGAUAACAGAAGAUCUGUUUACGUGUGAUCAGGUGAAGACUGAGGAGGAUGAAGUUCCUAUAAAUACGGCUACAGCAUAUCAAUCGAUGAGAUCAGACAUUUCUUGUGAAGGCUGGAGUGAAGAUGACUCUUUAAGUCUUUUUAAAGAUCCACAAAGCCACGUGGUGAAUAAACCAUUUUUAUGUUUUGUAUGUGGAAAAAGUUUUACCCACAAAUCACAUCUUCUUACUCAUCAGAAAAUUCAUACAGGAGAAAAAGAAUUUUCAUGUUUUUUAUGUGGCCAAUGUUUUAUCCAGAAAAUACAUCUUGUUGACCAUCUGAAAAUUCAUACGGGAGAGAAAGCAUUUUCUUGUGGUGUAUGUGGGAAAAGUUUUACCCAAAAAUCAAAUCUUAUUAGACAUCAGAACAUUCAUACAGGAAUGAAAGCAUUUUCAUGUUCUGAAUGUGGGAAAUGUUUUAGCCAGAAAACACAUCUUAUUACUCAUCAGAAAGUAUAUAAACAUGAGAAAUCAUUUCCCUGUUCUAUAUGUGGAAAAUGUUUUACCCAGAAAUCAGUUCUUAUUGACCAUCUGAAAAUUCAUACUAGAGAGAAAGUAUUUUCAUGUGCUGUAUGUGGGAAAUGUUUUAUCCAGGAAUCCGUUCUGAAUGACCAUCUGAAAAUUCAUACAGGGGAGAAAGAAUUUUCAUGUUCGGAAUGUGGGAAAACUUUUAAAUUGAAGUCAUGUCUUUUUAGACAUCAGCAAAUUCAUGCAGAAGAAGAAGUUUCAUGUUCUGAAUGUGGGACAAGUUUUAACCAGAAGUCAAAACUUAUUGCUCAUCAGAAAAUACAUAAACGUGAGAAAUCAUAUUCAUGUCCUAUAUGUGGGAAAUGUUUUACACAGAAAUCACAUCUGUAUACACAUCAGAAUAUUCAUACUGGAGAGAGAGUAUUUUCAUGUUCUGAAUGUGGGAAAUGUUGUAACCAGAAAGCAAAUCUUAUUGCUCAUCAGAAAAUACAUCUGCGUGAGAAAUUUUCAUGUUCUAAAUGUGGGAAAUCUUUUACUUUGAAGGCAGAUCUUGUUAAUCAUCAAAAACUUCAUACAGGAGAGAAAGUAUUCUUGUGUAACGAAUGUGGGAAAUGUUUUACCUUGAAAUCAAGCCUUAGUACACAUCAGAAAAUUCAUACAGGAGAGAAAGCAUUUUCUUGUUUUGUAUGUGGGAAAUGUUUCACCCAAAAAGCAAAUCUUAUUAGACAUCAGAAUACUCAUACACGAGAGAGCUCAAAUAGUAGAUGUUAAGCCCACUUUAGUAAGUGGUCUCCAACCACAAAGAGGUUUUUGUAUGCACAAUGGUAGAUAUGUAAUACUAUACAUAUUUUUUUCUGAUGCAUUCUCCUAGCAUGGGUGUUUGGACUAUCAUUGACUGACAUUUCAUUUAUAUAGGAGUUGUAUACAGUUAGGUCUAUAAAUAUUUUUACAGUGACACAAUCUUCUUAAUUGUGGCUAUGUACACCACUAAAAUAAUAUUUAAAUAAAUCAAUUAAGAUGUGAUUGAAGUGCAGACUUUCAGCUUUAAUUCAAGUUUAACAAAAUUAUUAUAUGAGUUGUUAAGAAUUACAACAGUAUUCAUAUAAAGUACCCCAUUGUCAGGGGAUCGAAACUAACAUAAUUAUAAAUAAAAUUAUAAUUCUUGGUUGAAAA